CCCCAUUUUGCGUGUAUUGGGUUUGAUGAUUUUGUUUAUUUUUUGAAGAAGUGCUUCUCCAGUUAAUAAAGGGCAUUUUCUCCCCCCCCCCAUUGUGUACGAUAAAGAUCGGAUUUGAUUCCGUUGAGCUUCACGCUGAAGCCUCCCCCCAGUCUUUGGUGCGAGGAGAGAGUUGAAAAGGUAAAGUUGGGAUCAAUUUGAUUCGAGCUGAAAUGGCCCUUCGAUUCCUACAGGGGUGACUGUUGUUCUUGUUCUGCAUUGCUGAAUCAGUGGUGUGCAACUGGGGUUUGGGGUUUUUGUUUUCUUGGGAUUUCUUGAUUUGGUCAUACCCGAAUUUGCGAUCCCGGGUAGUUCUUGCUCGCUGGCGUAGAAAGGUGUUUGCUUUGCUCUGGCACGCCAAGUGUUUGAUGAUUUGUCUGAUUGAACUGUGGAACUUGGGUGUCUGAAUUGUUCGGGUGUAUGUAGAAUGUGGGGGAUUGAUUUGUUUUUUUCAUCAGUACUGGAAUUGUCUGAAACUUCAAGCUUGACUGGAAAUUGUUGAAUCUAACAAUGCAUCAUCAUCAUCUUAGGAAUGGUUAGAUUUGGCUAAAGAAGCUUUGAUACUGAAAUGUCUGGUAGCAGUUCAUCUCUAGAUUCUGCACAAUCUCCUCUUUCACCAACAUCUUAUGUCCCACCCCCACAGCAGAGUUCUCCUUCGCAGGACCCCUCUUCUGGGUCAGAUGACACCAACAAUGCUCCUCCGUCUUUACCGCCACAAUCAAAUCCUUCCAUUAAUGUGACAUCAACUCCUCCCAUCACAGCAUCUCCUCCUAUGGCUUCGCCUUCUCCACCUGCAGCAUCCCCCCGGCCAACCAGUCCCCCACCUUCAGCCUCCACUCCUCUGCCCGGAUCAUCAGACUCGCCACCACCAGCUAGUUCCCCACCACCGCCUGCUGAUCCUCCUGCUACUUCCUCACCGCCUCCCCCUUCUGAUAUUCCGAGUAACUCGCCUCCACCCCCACCUUCUGAUCCUCCUGCAAAUUCACCACCUUCCGAUCCUCCUGCUAGUUCACCACCACAGCUGCCACCUUCUGAUCCUCCUCCUAGUUCACAACCAACGCCGCCUUCUGAUCCUCCAGCUAGUUCACUGCCACCGCCUUCUGAUCCUCCGGCUACUUCACCACCACCACCACCACUGCCUCAUACAUCUAGUCCUCCACCCCAUGUCGAGCCCCCAAAAAAUGGGACUUCACCGCCCUCAAACUCUCCUGUCACCCCGCUUCCACCCUCUACUCAGCCACCACCAUCAUCCAAGCCACCACCAUCAUCUAAGCCACCUCAAAAUUCCCCUCCAACACCAACAGCUGAACCGCCUAAGAAUUCAACUCCACCGUUACCAUCCAAGCCACCCCAGAGUACACCGCCAUCUCCAGAAACCAACCCUCCAAGAAGUUCACCCGCUCCGCCAGCAUCAGUACCCCCUAAUAAGCCUCCUGGAAACCCAAAUAUUGUCCCAUCACCACCUAGUCCACAAGCAGGACGCCCACCAGAAGGAAUAGUACCAUUGUCACUACCCCAAAGUCCCCAAUCUCCUCCUCCUUCAAGUAAACCUUCUAACAAUAGUUCUAAUAAUGAUGGUGGGGGUAUUGGUACCGGAGGGACUGUAGCCGUUGGCUUAGCACUUGGCCUUCUAUUGCUUGGUGUUAUUGGAGUAGCAGGAUGGUGCAUAUGGAAGCGUAAGAAAAAGGCUUAUGGACUGACCGGUGGUUAUAUUUUGCCAGCCUCUCUCGGUUCUUCUCCCAAAUCUGAUUCUGCCAUUUUAAAAGUGCAAGCAUUAGCACAUGGUUCAGGAGGUGGUUCUGGUACUGAGUUUGUUGAUUCACCGAGGGAACAUGGUGCAUUUGGAAAUUCACGGUCAUGGUUUAGGUAUGAAGAACUACAGGAGGCAACGAAUGGUUUUGCAGAACAAAACCUUUUGGGUGAAGGUGGGUUUGGUGCUGUGUACAAAGGAUACCUUGCAGACGGGACAGUGGUAGCAGUAAAACAAUUAAAAAUUGGGGGAGGACAGGGUGACCGUGAAUUCAGAGCAGAGGUUGAAACCAUAAGCCGUAUUCAUCAUCGCCACUUGGUCUCUCUAGUUGGUUAUUGCAUCUCUGAGAACAAACGACUCCUCGUUUAUGAUUAUGUCCCUAAUGAUACCCUUCAUUUCCAUCUUCAUGGAAAUGGGGGCGCAGUUAUGAAUUGGCCAACACGUUUAAAGAUUGCCAUGGGUGCUGCUCGCGGAAUAGCUUAUCUCCAUGAAGAUUGCCAUCCACGGAUUAUCCAUAGAGAUAUUAAGUCAUCAAACAUUCUUUUGGACGAGAACUUUGAAGCUAGGGUUUCAGAUUUUGGAUUAGCUAAGUUAGCUCUUGAUGCAAACACACAUGUUACAACGCGUGUGAUGGGAACCUUUGGAUACAUGGCUCCUGAAUAUGCAUCAAGUGGCAAGUUGACAGAAAAGUCUGACGUGUACUCAUUUGGGGUUGUGCUUCUGGAGCUAAUAACUGGACGCAAGCCCGUUGAUACAUCUCAGCCUUUAGGGGAGGAGAGCCUGGUUGAGUGGGCUCGUCCUUUGCUGAGCCGUGCUCUUGAAAGUAAGGACUUUCAGCAUCUAACAGAUCCAGGCCUGGACAAAAGUUAUGUUGAUAGCGAAAUGUUCAGAAUGAUUGAGGCAGCGGCAGCUUGCAUUCGCCAUUCUUCUGCAAAAAGACCACAAAUGGGACAGGUUGUGAGAUCUUUGGAGAAUAUGGCCAUCUCCGACCUCACAAAUGGAAUGAGACUCGGUGAAAGUGAAAUAUUCAACUCUGCAGAACAAUCUGCAGAGAUAAGAAUGUUUCGAAAGAUGGCAUUUGGGAGUGGGAACUACAGCACUGAUUUUUUCCAGCACAGUAACUGAUUCGUCGCGGGGUAAAUAACUGUAGUUUGAUCUGUUGAUGAUUAAUUGAUAACCAAACGAGAGUUGGGUGAAGGGUACAUAUUUUUGUCUGAGAUCACCACGAGAGGCAGGUUUUUGCGUUUGGAACCAUGAAUAGAUUUUUAAGGUAGAA